UUUGUAAAGAGCGUCUGCAUGAGUCGGUCAAGUUUUUAAGUUAAUGAAAUACAAAGUACCAGUGCAUUUCAUCAUUUGUGAUAGAUAACACGUUUGGUAAAGAAAAUGAGAUUUUUUUUAUCGCACUGUGCUCUAAGUAAGCCACUUCCCCUGUAGUAACGUGGGUACAAAAUGGAAUAGUGCAUGCGUACGAGUCUGCAGUGAUAGACUGACCUUAUAAAAGCCCAAAAUCAAGACAAGUGAGUGGAAAUGAAUAGUGUUAAAAGGAGAGGAGGCCGUCCAAAUCGUGGUGGUGGACAGAAGGCAGCCAGAGGUAGGGGAGGCAGUGGUGGAAGAGGAAAAAGAGGUAGAGGUGGAGGAGGUGGCCACGUACCAAGAGAGAAAGGUGGUGCUGGAAUUAGUCUGGAUGAUUAUGAGGACUUUUGUGUCACCAGCUCAGGUGCUCUAGGAGGAGGAGGAGGAGGUCAUUUCACCAGGGAAAGAAGUGCUGCACCAAACUGGACUACAAAUGAUAAUUUUUCAGGAAGGGGAGGAGGCAGAGGACGUUUCAGUGGCGGAAACUUUCCUAUCAGAACCAAAGUCCCAAUGCAAAAACUCCACAUGAGCACAGAAAAUCAGGAUUUGGUGAAACAGGCACUGCUGGAGUUACAAGGAGACAAUGAAGAUGAAGAAAGUGAUGCUAUCUUGGAAUAUGAUGAUAAAGAUCUAAGAACUGCACAGCAGUACUGGAUGACAGAUAAUAAAUUGAUGGUUGAAGGUGCUACUCAGUUUACUGAAGAAGAAUCAGGGGAGACAGAAUUUGAGCAGGCAAAUAAAUAUGCCCUAAACAAAUUGAUGAGUUAUGGAUUUGAUAAAUCCAGAUGCCUUGAAGCCUUGACAGAUAAAGAUGGAGAUGUGGGCAGGUGUUUGGAGAGUUUAAUAUCUGAGCUUGAUGAAGAUGACCUUAACAACAUGGAAGGAGAGGAAAUGCCAUUAGAAGAACUUGAAAGUGAACGCCAAGAUGAAAAAAUGGCUCUAGAGGCCAUAUAUGGAGAUGCCUUUUGUGAGAGGAUUCCAAAACAAGUGUGGACAAUUGAUUUAGACUUGGAUUUUAUUAAAGAAUACUAUAGGACCAUUCAAGCAAGUAAAAUGCCUGAGCCCAGAAAAAAAUACAAAAUAAAUGUGGAUCCUGUAGAAAAGAAACCAUGCCUUUACUUUCAAAGGGGAAGCUGCAAGUAUGGUAACAGAUGUCAAUACAAACAUGCAAAGCCUGAAGGUGACAAACCUGCCACCAAUCCACAUGCAAAUGUAGAAGAAUUAAGUAAAGAUGGAAAAAGUAAAUUUCAGUUAGAAAUUAGAUUUCCAAAUGGAAAUUUGUACCCACAACAACCUCCAAUUCUUGCAGUAUCUACACAGUUUAAGGAAAUGCCUGGCUAUAUGUUGUUAAACAUUACAAAAAGACUUAUGCAGGAGGCAAAAGAGGUUGCUGAUACUGGUGCUCCAGUUGUUUUUUCACUUGUAAGUUUAUUAGAAAAUGAAAGUGAAAUGCUAGAUGUUCUUUCACAGCCACCCCUUGAACUCAGUCUGCCAAGUGUAAGGCAAAAAGGUAAGCCUGAAAUAGAUCCUAGUCAAACAACAGAAUUUGGUGAUUUUGAGGAGGAUGAGGAAAUUGUUGAUUUUGAAGAGGAAACGGAAAAUCAAGCAACAAUGGAACCUGAACACAAAGCAGAGGCCAGCAAGAAACCUGUCAGACAAGAACCUCAAAGACUGGAUCCUCAUAGGGUGAAAAGGGAAAAUAACAGAAUACGUGAAAAGUUCAAGAGAGCACAGAAUUUGCCAGCUUACAAAAAGAUGCAAGCUCUAAGGAAAAACCUUCCAGCCUGGGAGCAACAACAUGAAAUCCUCAAAGUCAUUGCUGAAAACCAAGUGGUAGUGAUAAGUGGAAUGACAGGAUGUGGCAAGACAACCCAAGUUCCACAAUUCAUACUGGACUCCUACUUAAAUGCCAAGUCAGCAGAGAUGUGCAAUAUUAUAUGUACCCAGCCAAGAAGGAUAUCUGCCAUGGCAGUGGCAGAGAGAGUGGCAGAAGAGAGAGCAGACAGGUUGGGGGGCAUUGUAGGAUACCAAAUUAGACUGGAGAGUGUUCAGUCUGCCUCUACCAGAUUACUGUUCUGUACCACAGGUAUUUUACUGCGGCGUCUGGAAGGAGAUGGUCUUCUGGAAGGUGUGUCACAUGUUAUCAUUGAUGAAGUACAUGAAAGAAGUGAGGAAAGUGAUUUCUUAAUGAUGGUACUGAGGGAUAUGCUACCACACAGGAAGGAUUUAAAGGUGAUCUUGAUGAGCGCCACUCUGAAUGCAGAUCUUUUCUCCUCCUACUUCAGUUUAUGUCCAGUUGUGCACAUACCAGGGAAAGCUUUUCCUGUUGACCAGUAUUUCUUGGAAGAUGCUAUAGAAAUGACUAAAUUUGUGAUGGAUGAGACUUCACCCUAUGCCAAACCCCGAGAUGUGAUGAGAAAACUGCAGACUGCUGAGAGGGAAGAAUUCAGUAGACUCAAGGGACAUGAUGGUUUUUCCAUGCAAGACUUGGAGGAGGCAGCCUUUGAUGUGCCAGGAAAUAUGAAAGCUGCCAAGGAUAGUGUUGAUGAUGCUAAAUUAACUGUGAGACAGCUAAUUUUGAGAUAUCCAGACUACAAAAAAUCAACAAUCAGGAGCUUGUCAUUGAUGGACUUUGAAACCAUUAAUUAUGACCUAGUAGAGAAUGUACUUGAAUGGAUUGUUGAAGGAAAACAUGAGUACCCAAAAGAUGGUGCGGUACUCAUCUUUUUACCUGGCUAUGCAGAAAUCACCACAUUGUAUGAAAAACUGCAGGUCAGCUCAGUCUUCAGGAACAAAGGAAAGUAUAAAGUGAUUCCACUACAUUCAAUACUAUCAAGUGAAGACCAGCAUGCUGUUUUUAAUCGCCCUCCUGAGGGAAUCACCAAGAUUGUGAUUGCCACCAACAUAGCUGAGACCUCUAUCACUAUAGAUGAUGUGGUGUAUGUCAUUGACUGUGGCAAGAUGAAGGAGAAGAGGUAUGAUCACACAAAGAGUAUGGAAAGUUUGGACACAGUAUGGGUCACUAGAGCCAAUGCUGUACAAAGGAAAGGAAGAGCUGGUAGAGUGGCCUCUGGGGUUUGCUUUCAUUUAUUCACAGGGCAUAGAUAUGAAUACCAGCUGAGGGGACAGCCAAUACCAGAAAUCCAGAGAGUACCAUUGGAGCAGCUGGUCUUGAAAGUCAAGAUGCUGGAGUUGUUCAAUGUAUUGGAUGUUAAGGAGGUACUGUACAAGUUGAUAGAACCCCCACAGGAGGACAGCAUCAAUAGCUCAGUCCACAGACUUCAAGAUCUUGGUGCUCUGGAUGUUGAUGGGAAUCUGACGGCGUUAGGUUACCACUUGGCUCUGUUGCCAGUUGAUGUGAGAAUUGGCAAGCUGAUGUUGUUUGGUGCCAUAUUUAGAUGUCUGGAUCCUGCCCUCACCAUAGCUGCCACACUGUCCUUCAAGUCUCCCUUUGUAACUCCUUUUGGAAAGAAGCAAGAAGCAACAGAGAAGAAACUAGAGUUUGCUGUGGGUUGCAGUGAUCACCUCACGAUGCUGAAGGCAUAUAAGAGUUGGCUCUCAGUUCAGCAGCGCACUUCAAGUUCAGCUUACAUGUUUUGCCAAGACAAUUAUUUGUCAGUAAAGACAUUGCAGAUGUUGUCUAGCAUGAAACAACAAUUCACAGAGCUUCUGUCAGACAUUGGCUUUGUACAAGGAGGUCUGACAGCCAGGCGCAUUGAGAAAAUGGCUUCAAGAGGCUCUGAUGGGGUUCUUCAGGCAACUGGACCAGAGGCUAACUGCAACUCUGACAACUUGAAACUAGUGUCUGCAAUAUUGUGUGCAGCCUUAUAUCCAAAUGUGGUGCAGAUCAAAACUCCAGAGGCAAGAUACAAAGAGAGUGCAGCAGGAAGUGUUCUGAUGCCUCCAAAACCAGAAGAAUUGAAGUUUAAAACUAAAGAUGAUGGUUAUAUAAACAUCCAUCCAUCCUCAGUGAAUUUUCAAGUCAAUUACUAUGAGAGUCCAUACCUUGUUUAUCAUGAAAAAGUCAAGACCUCCCGGGUGUACAUACGAGACUGCACUAUGGUGUCUGUGUAUCCACUGUUGCUGUUUGGAGGUGGAUACAUCAACAUAGACCUGGAGAAAGGAAACUUUAUUAUAUCUCUGGAUGAUGGAUGGAUAAGAUUUGUAGCUGCGUCUCAUGAGGUGGCAGACUUAGUCAGGGAGUUGAGAAUGGAGUUGGACCAGUUGUUGGAAGACAAGAUCAGGAACCCAAAUAUGGACCUCAUUACCUGCCCAAGAGGCAGUAAGAUCAUCAAUACAAUAGUGCACUUGAUUACAACUCAGUGAAAUAGAAUUUUUAUUGACCCAAUUUUAGCCAUUUCUUCUACAUUUUGAUCAUGAAGUGACUUUUUCCCCCGCAAAGCUGUAGAGACUGGACAUGGCAGCCAAAUGUUGUUCUUCCAGAUGUUCUCAAGAUCAAACUGGCAAAUUCUAAAGCACAGUUAUCAGCAAAAUAUGGUCAUAUGAUCAGUGAAACAAUGCAUACAUUUUGGAGAAUACUGCUGUGCAACACUUGCAGCUAAAUUAAUCUAUGAAAAUCUAUGCAAAUGAUGAACGUUUUCUGUAGCAAGUGCAAUAUGAUAUCACAUAUAUUAUUUUUAAUCAACAAAAUAUUUGUAUUGUUAUUAUCUGUAUUCCAUGGUUUCCUACAGUAAGUUAUGUAACAAGCAUAUGUAUGUGAUGAAAACAGUAAGGUCUAGAAUUACGGUAAUGACUUGAUAUUUUCAGACCUGGACAGUGGGCAAAAUUACCAAGCUUUCAAAAACAUAAUUUCUAUAUUACUAUAUAGCAUUUAUGGUGCUUUUACUGGCUAGAGUAGAACUAUAGAGUAGCCUGCUUUUUAGUUUUACUGCUACCACUCAAUUGGAAUGUUCUAACUUAAGAAAUUAUGACUUAGAAAUACAGUGUCUGUAAAAUUCUUAAUUUUCCCCAUUGAAAAGAUUGAGAAAUUAGUGUAGUCUUUACUUUAAAUUUCUAGUAAGAGAUCUCUAGUCAUACAACUAUUAGCACAAUUUUUGCUAUCAGUUAAUUUAUGCUAAAUAUAAAAAGUCAUUCAAAUUGAAGAAAAUCAUGUUCAUGUUUUUUAUAGCUAACAAAAUGAAUUCCAGUUGCCCAUUUGCGGUCAUAAAGAUAUCUUAUAAAUUUCUUCAUCUU